AUGGUUCUCGCCAAAUCCAAGAAUGCCGUCGGGCUCGGCAACACGUUGAUGAACGAUCGCUUUGGCAAAGGCAAAGGGUCCGACAGGAGGAGAGGAGGAGCCAUCACCCGUACGAAUCAUACUACGGGCGAACAGUAUGUCACCAAUGCCAAAGAAGAGGCUGGCUGGGUAAAGAUGCGCUCAGUCACCGAGCAGGGUGCGCUAGACGAAUUUCUUGCUACUGCAGAGCUCGCCGGGACCGAUUUUACCGCCGAGAAGAUGAACAAUGUCAAGAUCAUUCAUGUCGACCAAAAGAACCCGUACCUGCUCUCUGCUAAAGAGGAACGAGUCGCGAUCAGAAAGCACAAGGACCUCAAGUCGAACUUGACUGUUCCGAGACGUCCUCACUGGGAUUCGUCGACAUCACCAGAGCAACUGGACCACCUAGAAAGAGAGAGCUUUCUCAAUUGGAGGCGAGGGCUGGCGGAGCUGCAAGAGAAUCAGGACUUGCUCAUGACUCCUUUUGAACGAAACCUUGAGGUGUGGAGACAGCUCUGGAGAGUCAUCGAACGAUCGGACUUGGUUGUCCAGAUUGUAGACGCCAGGAACCCACUCCUCUUCAGAUCCGAAGACCUCGAGCUCUAUGUCAAGGACGUGGACCCACGGAAGGAAAAUCUCCUACUGAUCAACAAGGCUGACAUGAUGACUGAUCGACAAAGAGAGGCAUGGGCGCGGUAUCUCAAAGACGCCAAAAUUUCUUAUAAGUUCUUUUCUGCUCAUCUGGCGAAAGAAGCGAACGAGGCGAGGCAGUUUGAAGAUGAGCAGACGGAUGAAGAGUCCCAAGAUGGCGAUGAGGCCCGGGACGGAGGCGCACAGCUGGACCAGGAGAGCGAGCCGGACUCUGACGCCGAGGAAGAAGACGAUUAUGACGUCCAGGGUCCUGCACCAGAGAGCAGCCGCAGUCGCAGAGCAGACGAGGAUGACCUUGACACAACUAUUCUCACUGUCGACGAGCUGGAGGAUUUGUUCCUGUCGCACGCACCGGAGAACGCAGACCCCAACCAUAAGCUUCAGAUUGGCCUUGUCGGUUAUCCAAAUGUCGGUAAAUCGUCUACAAUCAACGCCCUCAUCGGAGCGAAGAAGGUCUCCGUAUCUUCAACGCCUGGAAAGACGAAGCAUUUCCAGACCAUACACCUGAGCGAGAAGGUGAUUCUUUGUGAUUGCCCCGGCCUAGUCUUCCCCAAUUUCGCAACAACCAAGGCCGAUUUGGUCUGCAAUGGCGUUCUUCCAAUCGACCAGCUGAGAGAGUUCACCGGUCCUGCUGGCCUCGUUGCCCUAAGGAUACCGCAACAUUUUCUCGAAGCCGUCUACGGCAUACAAAUCCGCAUUCGGCCAUUCGAAGAGGGCGGUACCGGUAUUCCAACAGCCGAAGAAUUGUUGUCGUCUUAUGCACGCGCUCGUGGUUUCACCAAGACUGGACUGGGUCAACCAGAUGAGUCAAGAGCUGCGCGAUACAUCCUGAAGGACUAUGUCAAUGGCAAGCUGCUGUACUGCCACCCGCCGCCAGGCGAUGUCGAUCCGGACGAUUUCAACAGCGAGCUGUACGACGAUGCCCAUUUGCCAGAAAAGCGGCGGGGCGCGCUUUCCCAUGCAAUGGAGACAAUGUCCGUUGCUGGAGAUGAUGCGACAUCUGUAGCAGACUCUGACUUCAUUCCCUUGCCGGCUGGCCCGAAGUCACAGACACUGGACAAGACAUUCUUCGCGAGUGGUAGUAGAAGCGGAGGCCAUCUGAAUAGGCCCUUCAACUACAAGUACACAGAGCAGGGGAGUGCGGACAGGAAGCAGCUUACUGGGAGGAAGGCCAAGGCCAUGUUCGCCCUGGAGAAUGGACUGGACCCGAAGGAGAUGCAAUUCGCGUCGAGUAAAAAGCACUUCAAAGGAGGACCAAAGAAGGCAAAAGUUAAGAAGCGUGUCAACAAGCUUGGGGAUGAUUAA